AUGGAAAUGAAAGUUGAAAUUACACACAAAGAUACAAUCAAACCAUCUUCUCCAACACCUCUAAGCCAAAGAGAUUACAAGCUUUCCCUUAUAGAUCAAUUAACCCCAGGUCCUUAUGUUCCUAUUGUCCUCUUCUAUGACUCAACCACCAAAUUCUGCCAUGAUCUCCUCAAAAAAUCCCUAUCAAAAACCUUGAAUUAUAUGUACCCUCUAGCUGGAAGAAUAAAGGAUGAUUUCACAAUCGAAUGCAACGAUAAAGGAGUCGAUUUUCUUGAAGCAAAUGUAAGUAACAUUACUUUGUCCAACAUUGUCAAUGACCCAAAAAUUGGAACUCUUUCUCAACUUCUUCCAUGCCAUCCUCAUGCAAGAUCUAAAGAACCAAGUGAUCAAGUUUUGCUAGCAGUUCAAGUGACUAAGUUCCCUUGUGGAGGAAUUUCCAUUGGUGUUUGUGUUUGGCAUCUAAUUGCUGAUGCAUCUACACUUGUCACUCUUGUCAAAACUUGGGCAACAAUGAAUCAAGAAAAUGGUCAAGAGAGUAAUGUCAUUGGCAAUGGCUACAUAGUCAAUGUUACUGGGAUCUUUCCUCCCAGAGAUCUUAGUAAUAAUCCCUUGUUAACCAUGGUUCCAAUCCCAGAAGAGUUGCCUUUCAAAAUAUCAAUGAAGAGAUUCAUAUUUGAUAACUCAAAGCUAGCUGCAUUAAUACAGAGUUGCCCUAUUUGUCCGACUCGUUUUGAGGCUCUGUCGGCUUUCCUAUGGUCAGCAAUUAUAUCAACAUGGAAAGACAAAAAAAGUGAAAUCAAAGUUUGCAUACUAAUGACAUCAAUCAAUCUAAGGAAGAGAAUGAUACCUAAUUUACCAACAAAUAGCAUGGGGAAUCUUAUUUAUCCAACAAUGGCUAAAUGGGAAGUUGAAGAAGAAGGAGUCAUUGAUUACAAAAAGUUGGUGGAAAGAGUUCAAGAAUCAAUAAGGAUGGUGGAAGAUAGUUAUAUAAGAAGGAUUCAUGAGAAAAAUGGAUACAUAGAUUACUUGAACUCAAUACUUGAGUUGUGUAUAACUAGAGGGAAUGAAGUAGGAAUUGCUGGUUGUAUUAGUUGGUGUAAGCUUCCAUUUGAUGAAGCUGAUUUUGGAUGGGGUAAACCUAUUUGGAUAGCUAAUCCUAUGAAGUUUCCAUGUGGUUUCAAUCUUUUAGAUACUGUUGAUGGCAAGGGAAUUGAAGUAUGGAUGGGAUUGCCAGAAGAGGAGAUGCAGUUGCUGGAGAAGAAUAAAGAUUUCUUAUCAUAUGUUUCUUUAAGUCAACAUGUUUGA